AUGGCUGACAUGAAGACACCAGAUUUCGAUGACCUGUUGGCGGCUUUUGAUAUUCCAGACAUUCCAGAUAUAUCAGAUCCUGAUGGUAAUCACAAUGAAUCCAUUGCUGGUGGCAAAGAGAGAAGUGGUGGUACAAAUCAAAAGCCCACAGGUCCCUCAGAGAUCUGUGCUACUACUCAUGACCCCUCUGUAGUUAGUGUUAUAGUGAAGAACAGUGUAUGCACUGAUGUCUUUGAAACUAGGAAAGAAGAGGAUGAGAACAUUAGGCAAAUGAGUGAAGUUUUAGAAGAGGCAAAGAGGUCUGAAGCAGCCAGACUGUCUCCCCAGGUUGCACACAGCCUAAUGCCAACCGACCCGCUCAGCCAUAAUGGUUUCAAAGCUGUCUCAGAAGGAUUUGUGGAACCCUCUUCUCCUCCUAGUCAGUCUCAAAUGCAGACUGAAGGCCAUCCCUGGUCCCCUUGCUCCCCUAGAAUAGCCAAGGAAAGUGACGAGAGCAGCCAGAGUAAAAGUCACUCUAAUCCAUCCGCCAACUUUUCACCCUUCCCUGCUUCUGCUCCCUCUAUCUCUUGCUCAGAUGUAACUGGAAUACUCUCCUCCAAAGUUGACGAGGAUGAAGUCAAACAUCCUGUAUCUCCUGCAUGUCCAUUCACUCCACAAAACAGCAGUUCAAGGACUGGAGUUCAUCAGACGUUGUCAGAUGACGAAGAAUCAGAACCGGACCUCGCAAGCCCUCCGCUUAUGAUUCAGGAAAGCCCAGACUUAACUACAUCUUCACCUUCCAAGUUUCCAUUCAGUCACAGGUCAUCCAGUGAGCUCCAGCCUCCUUCCCCUUGUUCUCCAUCCUCCCCCAUUAGCAACGACCAAACUGGAGAGACAUCUGCUGCCUCACAGCACCCAGCUCUUUCAGUCCCAUUUCAGACUCCCCCACAAAACAUCAUGCCAACUUUAACAACCAAAAAUGCAGACCCAUCAAGUCCAGAACAUUAUCCAGAGCAUAUCAUUGAGGAGAGAGAUUCUCCUGAGAGCCCUGAGCCAGAAAAGCCUUCUUGCCCACAGAGCACUGAAUUGUCCACCCUAGUUCAGGAGCUAGGAGAGAAGGAAACUCCACAACACAUAGAUAUACCUGACAAAAAGGAAUCCGUGAAGAAUGGUGACCAACUCAUUAAAAACAAUAGUUACAGAGAUGAGGUUGAAAAGAAAACAGAUCCAGAUGAAGAGAAAGCCUCAGCACCUGUCAAUCCAGCCUCUGCAGUGUCUGCCAGGCCUCUCAAAGUUCGAAUCAAGACGGUUAAAACCCCUACUGGCAAUGUCACACGUACUGUUACCAGGCUGGCCACAAAAGGUGCUACAGGAAAGGGUUCAGAAAUCAAGAUACAGGGUGGUAAGAUGGCCACAAGGCCUAAAAGACCUGCUAAUUCUAUGUCACACAAGCCCCAAGACUCAAAGACACCGAUGCUUCCUGUGUCAACGCUACAGGAUGCUAGCUCAGCCAUGUUGUUUGCAGCCAGUAAGAUCCAGAAAGUUGCAGCUACCCUCUCAGCCUCAUCUACUUCAUCUCCAUCACAGUCCUCCUCCAGCGUCAACAUUAGCUUGGCCGGGCAGAAAACAGUUUCUGUACCUUCCACCAAACCAGCGUCUAUUGUGAACACGACCGGAGCUGUGAUCUCUCGCAGUCAGUCAAGUCUGGUGGAAGCCUUCAACAAGAUCCUUAACAGUAAGAACCCCCUUCCAAGCUACCAACCGGACCUCUCAGUUUUGCCCCGUCCUGAGUGGGGCCUCGGCGUUCCGGCUUCAGGUUACCGCUGCCUGGAGUGCGGUGACACAUUUGCCUUGGAGCGUAGUUUGGCGCGCCACUACGACCGGCGCUCCCUGCGUAUCGAGGUGACAUGUAACCACUGUACGAAGAGGCUGGCAUUUUUCAACAAGUGCAGCUUGCUGCUGCAUGCUCGUGAACACAAAGAGAAAGGACUAGUCAUGCAGUGCUCACACCUGGUCAUGAAACCUAUCAGCAUGGAGCAGAUGGUUGGCCAACAGGAUACCUUGCCCAUAGGCGUGCUUUCUUCAUCGUUGCUGACCUCCACCUCUUUGCCAGGAUAUAAGGAGGAAACCGCUGGCUCAUUGGGGUCCUUUGAUAACUGGUGCCCAGAAUGUAAGAGUCCAUUCAGCUCAAAAGAAAAACUAGCAGCACACUUUCAGGAGUCGGAGCCAGCUGGAUUAGACACCUGUUGUACUCAGUGCUCUCCUCCAAUGCCCCUGUGGAACUCCUGCAGUGCUUCAGCCCACCAGCGGCUCCACCAGACGCUAUCCCCUGUCAUCUGUCCCGAGUGUGGACUUGUCUGCCAAGCACAAACCCUUAACACACACCUGUACAAAACCUGCUUGCACUACACACGCCAGCUCGGAUACAGGUGCCCCUGUUGUCAGCUGGUGUUUGGAGGUGUGAACAGUCUGAGUGCAGCGAAGAAUCACAUGCACACUGCCCACUGUGAAGUCUUUCAUAAAUGCCCCUCGUGCCCAAUGGCUUUCAAGUUUGCUUCCAGUACUGAUGCCCACUGUAGAACCCAACACCCUGAUAUUCCAGACACUGCUAAACAAUCCAAGGAAAUCUUCAAAUGUGUGAUGUGUCGGACCGUUUUCACCCAGAAGACACUGCUUUACCAUCAUUUUGACACCCACUUAGGAACACAAAAGGUUCCUGUGUUUAAAUGUCCAGACUGUAACAAGCUGUUCACACAGAGGGCUUCACUCAUAGAACACAUAAAGGCUUCGCACAGAAAGUCGGCGGCACACCUGAUUCAGAAAGGCUCGGUGAAGAUGGAAAGCUCUGAUGGGGAGGAAGAGGAGGAUGAAGAGACAGAGGGAGAUCAGAGAGAAAAGAGGUCUGCGGCUCUCAACGUCCAGUUGUGGAGCUGCACCGAGUGUCAGACUCGCUACAGAGAUAAAGAGAGCUACAUCAGUCACAUGGCCAAACAACACAGAAAGGAGCUGAAGAGGUUUCCUUGCAUGCUGUGCGAAGGCUCCUUCUCAUCCUCCUCAAGUCUGAGACGUCACAUCCGGGUCAAACACAAAGGCAUCAAGAGAUCUUUCUACUGUCAGUUAUGCGCCGGCAGCAAGAAGAGUUUUAGCAGCAAGCUCGUCCUAGAAAAACACAUCCAAAUUCAUCACGGUGGACAAAGAGGAGCAAACGUGCAAGGCCAGGUGAAGUCUCGCUUACCUGAUGCAGCUGACAGCUCCUCUGAACAGGACGGAGCAUUUAACACUGCUGCAGAACAUAAAACAGUAGCCAAAAAAUUGAGCCAGGCUCAAUACAGCAGUGCGCAGGAAGCCAAGGGUCUCCGCUGCAUGCCAUGCGGCUUCGUCUCUGAGGACAAGGAGGAGUUCGCGCUCCACAUCCAGACUCAUCGUGGCGACGGGGGCAAAUCCAUGCAGUGUCAGCAGUGCGGGGCUUGUUUCGCGUCAGGUUCUUCACUCAGCCGGCAUCUCUUCAUCAGCCACCGUGUGCGUGACCGAGAGCCGGACGAUCAGCGCGAGAACGCGACCCCGGACGCCAUGCUGGAGGCCGAGUCUCCAGGGUCACCGUCUCGGUCAGAGGACGGAGAGGGCAAGAUGGGGUGCAAAGUGUGUGGGCGGCAGUUUAGCAAAGCCGCCGACCUCAGCACGCAUUUCCGUACACACGGCAUGGCGUUCAUCAGCGCCUACAAAUCUGAAAAACCAGCUUGA